AUGGAGACAGAAGUACAGGAAAAGAAACAUUCAGAUCAUACAAAAUCAAAGCAUUUUACAGAUGUGCAUGGCCUGCCCUGUAUUGAGAAGAUUGUGCGCUCUGUUGAAGAAACGCCAGAGCCAAUUGAAACCAAUAUUAUUGGCAGAAUCCCAGAAUGGAUCAACGGAAACUUCCUCAGAAAUGGACCUGGAAAGUUUGAGAUUGGAAAUCAUAAGUUCAAUCACUGGUUUGAUGGCAUGGCUCUACUGCAUCAGUUUAAAAUUGUAAAUGGUGAAGUGACCUACAAAAGCAGAUUCUUGUCCAGCAGCAGCUACCAGGCCAACAAUGAAACUAACCGAAUUGCAGUGUCUGAAUUUGGCACAGUGACUAUGCCAGACCCAUGCAAAAACUUCUUUCAACGCUUCCUGUCACGAUUUGAGCUACCAAAGCCGACUGACAAUGGUAAUGUUAGCUUUGUGACAUAUAAAGGAGAUUAUUAUGUAAGCACCGAAACCAAUUUUAUGCACAAGGUCGACCCGGAUACACUAAAUACUGUCAAAAAGGUGGAUUGGAGCAAAUUCAUAGCUGUAAAUGGGGCGACGGCACAUCCCCACACGGAGCCUGAUGGCACCACAUACAACAUGGGGAAUUCCUACUCCCCUAAAGGAUCACAUUACAACAUUAUCCGUGUCCCUCCAACCAAGAAAAGUGACACAGAAACUCUAGAGGGAGCCACAGUCCUCUGCUCUAUUCCCUCAAAAGAUAAAACCAAACCCUCCUACUAUCACAGCUUUGCAAUGUCAGAGAACUACGUGGUGUUCAUUGAACAGCCCAUCAAAAUGGACCUGAUGAAAAUUGUGACAGGGAAGCUGACAGGAAGUAGUAUCAGUGACAGCUUUUUUUGGGACCCAAAGGCCAACACAAUAUUUUACCUCAUUAACAAAAAGACUGGAAAAGAGAGUUCUGUGAAAUACUUAACAGCCCCAUUAACGACAUUGCAUCAAAUCAAUGCUUAUGAAGAAGAUGGUUUUUUAAUUGUGGACAUGUGUGCGUCUGAUGAUGGCAACGCAAUCACUAACUACAAUGUGCAAAACCUCCGCAAAAGUGGAGAGGCUCUUGAUGAGGUGUACAACACACUUUGCAGAGUCUUCCCGAGGCGUUUUGUUUUGCCUCUAAAAUUAGACAAGGACACUCCAUAUGACCAGAAUUUAAACACAGUUCCUGGCAGCACUGCAACUUGUAUUCGUACUUCUAAAAACAAGGUGUUUUGUACUCAUGAGGACUUGCAUGGCGAAGAGCUGCAUCAGUACGGAGGCCUGGAGUUUCCACAGAUCAACUAUGGUCAUUACAACACCCAUCCGUACCGCUAUUUCUACGGCUGUGGCUUCAGGCACCUAGUGGGUGAUACUCUGCUGAAGAUGGACCUGCAAGGAAAGCACAUGAAGGUGUGGGAGGAGCCUGGUUUAUACCCAUCCGAACCCAUCUUUAUCCCUUCCCCAAAUGCCAUGGCUGAGGAUGAUGGGGUUAUUCUGUCUGUAGUGAUCACUCCAAAUGAGGACAAGAGUACAUUUCUUCUGGUCUUAGACGCUCAGACGUUCAAAGAACUGGGUAGAGCUGAGGUUCCAGUCAACAUUCCUUAUGGUUUUCAUGGAGCUUUUAACAACAAAGCAUAG